GUUAUACUGUCCACUUAGCGUCCACGAGCGGCUUGGUAUUUACUUGAUGUCGAUUGGGCUUUUCCCAUUUUUUGAUUCAUCCUACCCCAAGGAGUAAAAUAAGAAAAAACUCGUUUCGUCAGAACGAAAACCGCCAAUGUUUAACUUUUCAUUUGUUUAUUGGCAGCAACAAAUAUUUACCGGUUCGCUAUGCACGGUCAAACAAUAACAAUCUCAUUAUAGAGUAGACUUUAUUACAAUGAUAACUUGGUGGGGAAUUCUCCUUGUUAAGGUCAGCAAGUUGAACUGUAAUGAGAAGAUACCCGUGCGACAAUGGUGUUAAAACUGUUGACCGAUGAUCGUACAAAAAAUAACCGGAUAGCAAAUCGUGUGUAACGUGAUAGUAAGAUAGUUGUUUUGGGACAGUAAUACCAAAUUUUAGGUAGAUAUAAAUAAAUAGUUAUGUGAAAAUGUUAAGAACAAACGGUACCAGUGAAUAGUUUUACAAUGCAUUGGUCUUCACUUACAAUUAUUGUACCUACCAUUCUCCUGGAAGUAGUACUAGCAAGGGCUCAAGAUGGUAAUUUAUUAUAUUUUCCCAAUGAAAAUGGCGGAGUUAGUCAAAUUCUUAGCGAACGCAACGUGGUGGAGGUAAUUCCUCCCAAUUUGAACUUAUCGGAUAUAAGAGGCACUACAGUUUACGAAAAUUAUGUAGACAAAAUCAUUUCAAUGGCGAUUGCAAAAACGACCUUGACGAUCAAUAAUCUGCUGAUCCAAAACCCGCAUGGGGACAACGUUGUUUUUUCGCCCACUAGUAUUGCAGGUGCUCUUGCUCUGGUUCUUUUGGGAGCAAAUGGUAAAACGUUUGACGAGCUAAUCACCUUUUUGGGAUUAGCUUCCGUCUCGCCCGACAUUGCAUCGAAAUCUCAACUGGUCCACGAACAGUUCGGUCGUAUGAUUGAAAAACUAAUUUCAAAAACCGGAUUUCAAAUCGGUCAAGACGUUACAUUUGCCAGUGGUAUUUUCGUGCAAACGGGCUACGUGAUCAGGCCAUUAUACCUGCAAACGGCUAGAGAAAUAUAUAAAAGCGAAGUUGUUAGUGUUGAUUACGAAGGAGACGCUAAAAAUGCCCAAGGGACCAUUAAUUCUUGGGUUUCAGAAGAAACUAAUCGCAAAAUACGUACAAUUUUGAGCGAGGCCCCAUCCACGGAUACGAAGGUUAUAAUAACCACGGCGCUAUAUUUCAAUGCGGAAUGGGAAAACAAAUUUUUUGACGGGUUUACCAAACGGAAGCCGUUCUACAUUAACGGUCGAAGAGCCCCGACGAACAUCGAAGCGGAUAUGAUGGUGAACGGAGGAUUUUUCCCUUAUUACAAAGACCCCAAUUUAGAAUGCGAAAUUCUCGGAUUUCCUUACAAAGGAAACAGUACUACCAUGUACGUUGUCAUGCCUUUUAAUUCCGAUCGGAAAAAAUUAAAAGACUUGGAAAGUAAACUAACUGUCUGGAAUCUGAAUAGGCUGGUGGAAAGUACUACUUACUCCGACUCCUUAAUACUUUUUCCGAAGAUGAAAAUUCAGAGUACGAUCGAUUUACGUCGAUCCUUGCAGGAUUUGGGUAUUAGGUCGUUAUUUGACCCAAACGAGGCGAAUUUGGCGCUGCUCGCAUCCCAAGACUUCAAAUCGAGAACAAGAGUGGGGAAUAAUACGGACGCUGAAAGCGUGACCGAUCCAAACGAGAACGAGACUGAAACGCAGAAAACAAUUAAAGAUCGUUUAGACAUAUCUUCAAGGAUAGAUACGGCGAAAGUGGCGUACGAAACUUUAGAUCGUAUUAGGCAAUUAAUCAACCAGCAGUCAACCUCAAAUAAGUACCAAAAUCCGGGAUUAUAUGCAGACCAGAUAAUUCAUAAGGUUUAUAUGGAUAUCACGGAAACCGGCACUGAAGCUGCAGCCGCAACUGCCGUGAGCUUAACAAGGACUGGAGCGCGAGUUACUUUUAGAGUUGAUGUCCCUUUCUUCUUUUUCAUUUGGCACGAAGAGACUAAAACAAUCAUAUUUUGGGGUUCGGUGCUGGCACCAACGCCAAAUUUUUCAACGCUAAUUUAAUUAAUUUAAUUUAUGUAGUUUAAUAGUUAAAAGUCGUCUUUACUUAAUUGUAUUUAUUACCGUUACUGUGCUUUUUACCAAAUAGAAAAUACCAAAACAUCAUCAGUGCCAAAUUUUCGACAAAUUUAAAUGGAAACGGUAGUUUCGUAGCAAAAAGUGCAGAGAACGGCGGCUAUAUGUAGAUGUUAACAUUUGUUGGUAGAAUACUUUUGUAACAAAAAUUAAAAAUCAAUUAAUUAUUAAACGAUAUAAUGAUG